CUACCAAGUUCACACCUCGACUUCACUGCUGGGACUGCUGGUCCGGCAUCAAGUGACGCCCUGACAGUGUGUGACAACAUUGACCCCCAUCGUCCACAAAGUGUACCAGACCUGCAUUUUGAAAGGGUCCGGUUCCCCAGAUUGGGCAGCUCCAGAACUCAAUUCAUCGCUAUUCCGUCAUCACAGAAGCACACACACAGACACACACGAUGCCGACAUCACGACCAAUCACCUCCUUCAAGUGCCUCACAUUCGACUGCUACGGCACGCUCGUCGACUGGGAGGGCGGCAUCUACAAGGCCCUCUCCCCUCUCCUGCAGCAGCUCCCAGCCUCCCACCCCCUGCGGCACGACCGCGCCGCCGUGCUCAAGGCCUUCGUGCGCACCGAGGGCACCGUCCAGCGCGCCCGCCCCGACGCCCUGUACUCGGCCGUCCUGAGCGACGCGUACGGCCGCCUCGCCGCGGAGCUCGGCGUCCAGGCCGACGCGCAGGAGCAGGACGCCUUCGGCCAAGGCGUCGGCGACUGGCCCGCGUACCCAGACACCGUCGCGGCGCUGCAACAGCUCAAGCGGCACUACAAGCUCGUGAUCCUAUCCAACGUGGACCGCGACUCCUUCGCGCGGACGCUCAGCCGGCAGCUCCCCGGCGUGGACUUUGACGCCGUGUACACGGCGCAGGAGAUCGGGUCGUACAAGCCCGACCUACGCAACUUUGCGUACCUGAUCAGGCGUUGCGGGGAGGACCUGGGCGUCGGAAGGGAGGACAUUGUGCACACGGCGCAGGCGCUGCACCACGACCACGUCCCCGCCAAGGAGUCGGGGCUCGUCAGCGCGUGGAUCGAUCGCGGGGUGGAGAUCAAGAGCGUCAUGGGAGGGGACAUUGAGGACUACAGGGACAAGGUGGAUCUUUCGUGGCAUUUCCGCAGCAUGGGCGAGAUGGCCGACGCGGUGAAAAAAGCUGCUGCGGCGCAAGUUGAAUAAUAACUACAUGCCCAUCACGCUCUGCGCUCUGCGGUGUACGGGAUCGUUUUGGUGUGUAUCCAAGUGUCACGAUGAACAAGACGAUAUAGAAGCCAGG